AUGUGUACUCGCCUCGCGCACACGCAAACCACCAUUGUUGCCUGACUGUGCCUCCUCCUCCACACCGCACUGUUCCGUUCUCCCAGGUCUAGCUAGCUAAUCCAGUAGCUUCGGCUUUUCGAGCGGCCGGCGAGCCAUGGCAUCGACGACGCUGCGGCUGCACACGGCGCUGGCGGCGGUGGCCGUGGCCGUGGCGCUGGCGCUCGGGAUGGCGGCGGCGCAGAUGUCGCCGGCCUCCGCGCCGUCCCCGGCGGGCGGGAUCACCCCGGCGUGCAUGGACGCGGUGCUCAACAUGUCGGACUGCCUGACGUACGUGAUGAACGGGAGCACGGCGCGGAAGCCCGACGAGCCGUGCUGCCCGGAGCUGGCGGGGCUGCUCGACUCCAAGCCCGUCUGCCUCUGCCAGCUCCUCGCCGGCGGCGCCAGCUCCUACGACAUCAGCGUCGACUACAAGCGCGCGCUCGCGCUCCCCGGCAUCUGCGGCCUCGCCGCGCCGCCCGUCAGCGCGUGCUCACUUCUUGGAGUCCCUGUGCCUAUGGCGCCUUCUGCAUCGCCCUCGACAGGCCUCGCCCCAUCUAAUGAACCACAGAUGCCUCAGAAAUCGCCAAACGCGUCGCCGUCGAAGUCGAGUAACCAUGCUCCCGGCCGCUUCACUGCCAUCGCCGCGCUGCUCCUCGCCGUUGCAGCCGCCGGGAUGUUCUAGAUUCAGAUCAGAUCAGAUCAGAAAAUGCCUGGAUUUUCGGUCGGUCGAUCGAUCUCAAGAUUUAGCCCGGCGAUUCUUGUUUAUUCUUGCCACACAUUUGGUCUGUGUAUUGAUUACAGUACAUUACAGUAUCUGCAAUGAACGAUAUUUUUUUUUCUGGUUUGUUUUCAUUAUUAAUUUCUUCUAGUAAUUCCUUGGGGUAUUGUAAGUUGCUAGAGUUGGCGAGGCUAUAUGUACACGUUAGCGUUGUCCUGGCAUCAUAGUAGAUGUACUUAAUUGGCUACUUGGGGCUGUCGGUUAAUCAAUCUGAGGGUUUAAAUGCUUGAUUUUGGAUGUGAAUUGGAGACGAUUUUGAAAAGUAGUGUGAGCUGGAGAUGAUA